AUGGAGACUGACACGAACCCAAGGCAACACCCUCAACACCGGGCUAAGACACGAUCACGAAUCAGCGCUGCAUGUGUCCGUUGCCAGAAACGGAAGAUAAGGUGCGACGGCCGAAUACCAGGUUGUAGCACUUGCCAGAAAGCGCGUGUGAACUGCGUUGACGGAGGAGCUUCACGCGAUAUCUCGCGGAGUUAUAUCAACGACCUGGAAUCAAGGGUUGCAUGGCUGGAGUCUGUUGUUCGGGGGCACGCUCCGGGGGUCAGCCUGGAUGGGGAACAAAAUCAUCAACAUACGGUCAAUGGCGCUAGGACAGUUGAAUCCCCUCGUUCCCUCGAGGAAGCUGCUACUGCUAUUACUACUAGCCGUGGUUAUAGCAAAGAUGACACUUCACUGCGCGACGUCACCGAUCAGAUUGGACUUGUUUCAGUCAACGGGGCAGAUCUCCGAUACUUGGGACCGAUACUUGGGACCCCAAGGGGCCUGCCAUCGGACCUGAGACAUGCUCAGUGGUUGUCGCAGACAUAUUUCCAGAGUGUCCACUUGCAAUUCCCCUUCCUGCACGAACCGACACAUAUGGAGACUGUUCGGAAGCUUCACGAUGGCGUUGAUGCCGGGCCAGCAUGCAGGUUUCGGAUAUUUAUGGUCCUGGCCAUCAGUGCGACGAUCAGAUCCUGGCAGGCGAAGGUGCUGCUGUCAGCUGAGGGUUACUGUGCUUCGGCUGUUGCUCAUAUGGAUAGUCUCUUUGGCAGACCUUCUCUCUCUGGUGUUCAAUGCAUUCUGCUGCUUCAGGUGUAUACUAUUAACAAUCCGUCAUCAGGCCUGAGUCUUUGGACUCUUCAUUACCAUUGUUUGGCAUCUAUUCUGGAGUUGGGGUUACAGCACAAUGUUCAAGGUAGUCACCUUCCUGUCUUUGAGCAGAAGAUGCGGACUAGGGUUUUCUGGUGCGUUUACACUGUCGAUCGGGUGUUGAGUACUCUGUUGGGGAGGCAAAUUGGGUUGAUGGAUGAGCAGUGCGAGUUGAGGGUAAGAAACACCCUAAUCAACAUGUCCAGCGCAAUCCACCUAUUCAAGCUAUCAAAAUUCAACGCAGAAAUCAAAUGCGUCCUAUACUGCGUCGGCCAACUCUACGGCCUAUACACCCAACCAGCGAUCACAGACAUCGAAAACUGGCAAGCCAACGUCAUCCACCGUUUCCGCCAAUGGAACACAGACUCUUAUGUCACAGGCAUGCUGUACUAUAGCUGGAUCAGCACGCAUUUGUUAUUUCUGUGCGUGAUUAAGAUGUUCUACUGCGUCUGGGUACCGAACGGCGUCGCUGACGAGGUGGACUUUGACGACCUUACGAGAGCGCUCAAACCUGCGUCGGACGUCCUCAGUGCUACGGGGUAG